AUGCUCCGUGGAAAACAGAAUUCAUAUGCAGAUAUCAUUCCUCCCAUGCUGCUAACAAGCUCAUUCAGCUCUUUAGAGUAUCUGAAAUUGGAUGACUUGAAUUUGAAUGAUAAAGGAGAGAUUUUGUAUUUGGUCAGGGUUCUCGAAAGUGCUCCUAGCUUGAUUGAACUUGUUAUUAAACAGAGUCACAAAGAUGUUGAUACCACAGAAAUGUUCUACUGUUCCAAGGAGUUAGAAUGCCCUAGUUGUUGCCUCAAACUUCAGACAGUGGAUGUCCACUUUAGAGCUAACUCUCAAUAUACAAUGAGUUUGAUACAGUUCAUACUUGCAAAUUCCCCUUCGUUAAAGACUCUUACUUUUUACUGUAGUUAUAAUAAUUUAGAUGCAGUUAUGUUGUUAAAAAUUUCAAAAGACUUGUUAUGGAUGGAACGAGCAUCACCAAAAGCACAGGUUAAUUUCCGUCAUGUUUAA